GUGCCCAGAUGUGCCCAGAUAUGAAAAAUUGCCCGCGAGAGUGUGUUGCAUGUUGCGAAGGAGUGUCAGAGGCGAAGUGCAAGUGUGAGAGCACAAUAGUGGCGAGAUUUUUCCUUCAUCGCGAUAGAGCGCGAGUUUGGCGACAUUGGCCCGUCAUUCCCAGCCUUUUUCCACGCGUGCCGCGUGCGUGAGUGCAUCAGUUGACCCGGCAGUGGCAUCGGCGUGUGCCCGUGGUGGAAUUUGUGUGACUUGGGGCGCUUCGGGGGUGGAAAAACGUUGCUUUUCUCGCUGGUGGAGUGUCGUUUUGUUGUGUAUUUGAAAUGGCUGCCACGAGUGUGGUUGUUCUGGAUAGGGGAAAUAAUACCACUUGCACCAUUAAUUUACAUGGCGCCACAGUGGUUUCCUGGAGAGUCAACAAUCAGGAGCAGUUGUUCGUGAGCAAAUUGGCGGUUUUCGAUGGCAAAAAAGCAAUUAGAGGAGGAAUUCCAUUUGUAUUUCCACAAUUUGGCCAGUGGACGUUUGGGCCGCAGCACGGAUUCGCCAGGAUUACGAGAUGGGCGCUGGAGAGGGCGCCGGAAAGACUGCCCACCGGAGACGUCGAGGCCGUCUUCAGUCUCAUGGACAACGAAUUCACGCGCUCAAUGUGGAACUAUCCAUUCCGGAUCACUUACCGACUGAUUCUGCGCGAGAAGGAGCUGCACUUCCACAUCGGCGUGUACAACCCGAGCAAGGACCUCACGUUCUCCUUCAACAUGCUCCUGCACACGUACUUGAAGGUGCCGGACGUGCGUCGGUGCCAGAUCACGGGGCUGCACGGCUGCACGUUCAUCGACAAGACACGCGAGAACGCCAUUUACCAGGAGGGGCGCGACGUGGUGACCAUCAACGAGUGGACAGAUCGCAUCUACCAGCACACGCCGUCGGAGCACAUCAUCACGAAUGUGGUGUCGGGCCGGAAGAUGCGCGUGCAGAAGUACAACUUCCCCGACACGGUGAUCUGGAAUCCGUGGAUGGAGAAGGCGCGCGAAACGCCCGACUUCGGAGACGACGAGUAUCCCAACAUGCUGUGCGUGGAGUCGGGCCACGUCUCCAGUCCCGUGAUCCUGCUGCCCGGCACCGCUUUCGAGGCCAGUCAAGUGCUGCAGGUGAGUUUCGUGAAUGGCGUGUCGGGGAAGCGACGCAGCAAAAAGAACCAGAACCAGAACAACGUCGAUUUCAGAUUCUCCCCGUCUGUUCCCCGGUUUAUAAACUGAGAGGAUUUCCCGCCACUGGAUAAGUUUUCCUGUCACUCUUUUGUGACAGUUUUAUUGCGCGAUCAGCAUUUCAACAAUGGGUUUUUCUUUCUCUUUAUCCCCAACUUUGCCCCCGUCUUGGAUUCAGAGAUGUAAAUAAAAUAUUUUUAGGGAGUAAUUUUUAAAAAUGGAUAAAGAAAAAAAAAACGAUAAAUAAUGGCUUAAAAGUGAAUUUAGUCUCUGUGGUAAGUUAUUUGUUAAGUUUUUCUUGGAACAAUAUAAUUUCUUGACUUAUAUUUUUACACACACAAAAGGUUUCUUUAGACACAUUUUUUCUGGGUUAGAUUUUUUCUAUUAUGAAUUUUGUUGUAAAUAUAUAGAAGGAUUUCAGCAAAUCUUUCAAUCUAUUCGAUAUGUGAAAUAUAUAAAGAAAAAGAAGGAAGACAAGAAGCAUUUUUAACGGAAAUUCUCUAGAAUGGAGAAGAAAUAUGGAAAAUUAUGAUAAAAGGAAACAUACUUAAAUGUACUAUAAAUAAUGAAAUAAUGAUGAAAAUCAAUUAAUAAUAAAAGAAAAUAUUGAAAAUUCUCUGUCCAAUGUAUACGAUUAGUGAGUUAAAAUGCAAAGAAAUCAAUUAUUCGAGGAAAUGGGAGGUGAAAUGCGAGAAAAUAAAUGUCUAGGAAGGUUUUUUUUUAGAAGAUGAAGUGGAAAAUAAGAGGCUGUAAAUGCGGAAAAUUGUUGACAACACACUUAAUAAUUCUUUUCAAAGAUAUCAUCAUUCCAAAGAUGUUUUGUUUAAGAGAUGAUGCCACACAAUUUCUUCAAAAAUUCUUGCUUUUUCACGGGUUUUUAUUUUAUAUUCUUUCAAGCAUGUUCCAAAAUGCGAACAUAUCACACGAUUUUGUGUUUAAUUUGACUCUGCAGGUAAUCUAUUAGUUAUUUUUACAAUAAAUGAUUUGUUGCUCAGUGAUGAAAAGCCGUUCCAUGCCGGCAAUUUUCCGGAUGGAUUCUAAGGGAAAAUGUGCAGAAGAACGCAGAAUUUUUCUCAUUAUCUAAAUGUAGCAAUAAAUUUUUCGAUCUAAGAAGCGCCAAUUCAUGAUAAACUGUACUUCAUUAUAUAGAAAUGAUGGUGCAAUAAUAAAUGAUGAAAAUUUCAACAA